GCUUCUUAAAGGGCAGUGGCUGUGUUUGCUCCUCCUUCCCCAUCCUUCUUUCCGGGCCAGUUCUUGGGGGUUUGUGGAUGGGUCCAGCCCGUAGGCCCCUUGUGUGUAAGAUCAGAGGAUGCUGAGCAAACGCACAGCUGGGAAGAGCAGCUACAGCCCGUACUCUGUAGGGCUCAGGAGAAUGGCGAAGAAACACGGCUCACGUGAGCAUGCCCUGGACUCCUUCUCCUACAGACCAAAGGUGUGGCUGAAGGAGCUGCCACGGAAGGACGGCCUGGAAGCGCCGAAUUCCAGCCUGGUGGACCUGUCCAUGUCCAGCGCCAAGCUCAGCAGUAGCCCCAGCACAGUGGGCACACUCAAGCGCCCCACCAGCCUGAGCCGGCACGCCAGCGCUGCUGGCUUCCCUCUGUCCCCUGCGGGCACACGGGGCAUCGCCAAGGGACAGAAGACCCCUGCUGCUUACAGCCCCAUCGAGAGCGGGGAGGGGACUUUCAUCGAUGUGGAGGACAUCUCGCAGCUCCUGGCUGACGUGGCCCGGUUUGCCGAGGGUUUGGAGAAGCUGAGAGACGUGGUCCUCAGAGACGAUCCCUUGGAGUCUCAACGGCCGCUAGCCCACGAGUGCCUGGGGGAAGCCCUGCGCAUCCUCCGGCAGGUCAUCUACAAGUACCCACUGCUCAACACCUUGGAGACCUUGACAGCUGCAGGAACCCUAAUAUCCAGGGUCAAAGGUUUCCACUACGAGUCCAACAAUGAGACGGACAAGCGGGAGUUCGAGAAGGCGCUGGAGACCAUCGCAGUCUCCUUCAGUAGCACCGUGUCUGAAUUCCUCAUGGGAGAGGUGGACAGCAGCACCCUCCUCUCGAUACCUCCUAGUGACCAGAAUCAGUCUAUGGAGAACCUCUACGGAGACGGCAUGCCAACCGGCAUGGAAAGCUUUGAUUCAGUCCGUCCGUCUGCAGAAGAGGUGGACAUCAUGCUCCAGCGGUGUGAGGGCGGAGUGGAAGCUGCCCUCCAGUAUGCCAAAAACAUCUCCAAAUACAUGAAGGACCUUUUCUACUACCUGGAGAAGAGGACCACUCUGGAGAUGGAAUUUGCCAAAGGGCUGCAGAAGAUGGUGAACAGCUGCAAGCAAACGAUCACUCAGGAGCCGCACAUGCCGUUCCUGUCGAUCUACUCGCUGGCUCUGGAGCAAGAUAUGGAGUACGGCGCUGCAGUCCUGCAAACCGCUGCCACCUUGCAGAACCAUACCUUCCUGCAGCCACUGGGAAUGAGACGCCUUGAACAUGAAAAGCGGAGGAAGGAGAUUAAGGAGCAGUGGCACCGGGCCCAGAGGAAGCUGCAAGAGGCGGAGACCAACCUGCGCAAGGCCAAGCAGAUGUACAUGCAGCGCUGUGAGGAGCACGAGAAGGCCAAGUAUAUGACAGUGAAGGCUGAAGAGGAACAGCAGAGCACCAGCAGCAACACCACCACCAAGACCCUGGACAAGAAGAGGCGGCUGGAGGAGGAGGCCAGGAAUAAGGCAGAGGAAUCGAUGGCCACGUACCGGACCUGCAUCGCUGACGCCAACACACAGAAGCAGGAGCUGGAGGACACCAAGGUGAACGUCCUGCGGCAGAUCCACGAGGUGAUCAAGCAGAGCGACCAGGUCAUGAAAUCGGCCACAAUCUCCUUCUACCAGAUCAUGCACACCCAGACGGCUCCCCAGCCCGUCCACUUCCAGACCUUGUGCGAGAGCAGCAAGCUGUACGACCCCGGGCAGCAGUACGCCUCCCACGUCAAGCAGCUGCAGCGGGGAGACGAACCCGAGACCCAGUACGACUUUGAACCCUACGUGUCGCAGAAUGCCUGGCCCCCCUGCAUCCGGCCACGGAAAGGCAGCUUUAAUGCCAGUGACUUCAGUAGCGUCGAUGGGGCUGCGUCCUCCAAGGACGGAGGCGUCUCGGAGGGAGGGGCAGCGGCGAGGGAGCAGCCAAGUGGGACCGUGAACGUGGAACGGAGAGGUGGGAGGGGACACCAGGUCCAUAAGUCUUGGCCAACGUCCAUCACUGAAACAGAGGGCAGCCUGGAUUCAACCUCAGGUACAUUUAGCCAGAAGUUCCAGCGGAUGUCUUCCAACGGCACCAUAUCCUCUAAUGAAGAGCUGGAUGAGAAGGAUGAGAACGCAGCCUCGUUUGAACAGAGCAUCAAUGGGAUAGCCCCUGAAAUGACGGCUCCGACGGGCCCAUUCCGAAACGUGGGUUUAUCCAAGGCUGCUCAGACCCAUCGGCUGAGAAAACUUCGCACCCCUUCGAAAUGCCGGGAAUGCAACAGCUACGUUUACUUCCAGGGAGCGGAGUGCGAGGAGUGCUAUUUAGCCUGCCACAAAAAAUGUCUGGAGACCCUGGCCAUCCAGUGCGGCCACAAGAAACUCCAAGGGAAGCUGCAGCUCUUUGGCCGGGAUUUCACACAGGCGUCCCAGAGCAGCUCAGACGGCAUUCCCUUCAUUAUCAAGAAGUGCAUCUGUGAGAUCGAGAAGCGGGCUCUGAAAACCAAGGGCAUCUAUCGAGUCAACGGCGUGAAGACGCGCGUGGAGAAGCUUUGCCAGGCAUUUGAGAAUGGGAAGGAGCUGGUGGAGCUGUCCCAAGCCUCCCCUCACGAUAUCAGCAACGUCCUGAAGCUCUACCUGCGACAGCUGCCAGAACCCAUCAUGCCCUUCCGGCUGUACAAUGAACUCAUGGGCCUGGCCAAGGAAAGCCUGCAAGGUGGGGGCGAGACCAAGACCAAGGUUGGGAAGGGAGGUCCCGAGCUGGUGGACAAGGGAGCCGAGACGGACAAGAUGGUGGUGACAUUGGUGACAAAGCUGAAGGAGCUGCUGAAGGAGCUUCCCCGGGAGAACCUGGCCACGCUGCAGUACAUCGUGCAGCACCUGAGAAGGAUUGUGGAAGUAGAACAGGACAACAAAAUGACCUCGAGCAACCUGGGCAUUGUCUUCGGGCCAACGCUGAUGCGCCCCCGGCCCACCGAGGCCACCAUCUCCCUGUCCUCGCUGGUCGAUUACCCCCACCAGGCUCGCAUCAUUGAGGCCCUCAUCAUCUUCUACUCAACCAUCUUCGAGAACAAGGCGGCCCAGCUGCUGGCUGGCUCUGACAAACACGCUGAGGAUGCCGAAGAGAGGACCAGGCGGUCUAGCCAGGACAAUGAGCCCCCAGUUCCACACAGCAACAUCCCGUACCUAGAGGUGCCCUUGGAGAAGGGGGAUUCAGAUAACGCCGAUCCGUUCGGAGAAUCUGGCGACCGCUCGAUAGAUUCCGACUCGGAGCUGGAAGAGGGGGCGGAGCUGCCGGCUACAGACGAGGCAGCCCCGAGGCAGCGGUUGGUAAAGCAAGGAAGCGAGACCAGCACGGACGAGGCUCAAUUCUGCGACGACGCGAGCGAGGGGCAGCUGAGCAGGACCUGCAGCGUGGGCCAGUCGGACGCAGAGUGCGCCUCUUCCCUCCAGCACAGCACAGCAGGGGAGGAAGAGCAGAGCGACCCGGAAGAGGAGUCCCUCUCGGAGAGGGAUGGCAAGGCAGGCCAGCAAGAGAGGCCUCUUUCUGACUGUAACACAAACCAAUCCAAUAACACGCUGCUGGCCGAGCGCUGUCGGGGGCACCGGCUGCUGCCCACCGUUCGGCUACGGGACGGCACGAUAGCGGUGAGGUCAGCCAGUGAACGGCAGCCCAGGUUUGUUUAG